AUGAAUGAUCAAAAUCUGCUAUUUUCACCUGAUCUUACCUUGAAUCUACUCUCCAAAAGCUCCCCAUCUCAGCUGGAGCCCUUCCAGUUCAAAAGGUCGCGUACACAGCCUAUUCCAACCGAGGCUUUCUAUGCAUCGCAAAAAUCAAACGCUAACGGGAAUCAGAGCAAUAACAACUCUGGCAACAACAGCUCAAAAUCGUCCAACUUAUCUCACGUUCCUUGCAAGUUUUACAAGCAAGGCACUUGUACAGCAGGAGCCAAUUGUACUUUUUCCCACAGCUCAGACCUUUCUUCAGAAUCGGCUGUCUGCAAGUACUUUGUCAAAGGUAAUUGUAAAUUUGGCACAAAGUGUGCAUUAUUGCAUACCAUGUCUCCAUAUGGUACAAGUGUCACUAGCAUUGGCGGUAAUGGUAAUGGUGGCAGCAGCAGCAGCAGCAGCAACAAUAAGAGGAUGAUGGCAGGUACUCCACCUAGUUUGCCCUUUCCAAGAAGGAAAACUGCAGAUCAAAUGAUGAGCUUCUCGCCAUCCAACUUGGAUCAUCGAUCCUUUCUCCAUGAUCCUUUUGCCUCAUCAGCUCCCGCCGUUUCAUUGCUCCAUCUCCAUGAACAGCAGCAGCAACUAUGGCGCAAUCAAGGUCGCAGUAGUAGUAGUAAUAGUAGUAACAACACACUGAAUCAUCCUCAAGAUUUCAUGGGCAUGCGCUCCUCACCACGCGAAACACAGCAGGAUCCUUUUCUAGGCACAUCGCCAUUCAGCAGUCGACUCUCAUCUUCUGUCAGCAACAGCAAUGGCUUCAUGCAGAGUCCACCUCUUCGCUAUCAACCAGCUUCAUUUGGAUCUCUAGGUGGAUUGGGUGGAGGAGGAGGCAAUGGAGGACAAGACAACUAUGAUCUAAACGAUGCCAUGCUCCCUUCAUCUUUGAACGACUUGUUCACUCCGAGUGAAUUGCAAGUGAGACGAGUGAGACAGCAAGAGCAGUAUCCCACCACCAAUGGAAAUACGGAUAGCUGGUCCAUGAGAGACACCUCUGCAUCCUCAUUUGAUCAGAGACAAUGGCGAGUGCCAUUCCUGUCCAAAUCACAGCAGCAACAGCAACAGCAGCAGCAGCAGCAGCAACAACAGCAACUUCAACCACAACUACAUCAGCGACAAUUGCAUUAUAAUAGUCUAUCUAUCGAUUAUGAAGACAGGUUGAUAGAGGGUACUGCGGCCAUCAAUAUCCCUGGCGGUAAUCUCAGUGGAAGUAGUUCAAGCAGCAACGACUUUUCAUUACAGCAACCUAAUGAUUUGCUCCAACAACAAGAUGAUGAUGUUCAAUUCUUUAUGGAAGACGAUGAGGCUGUGACUUAUGACACACCAUCCACCACAACAAUAACAACAGAUCACAAGACGCUGGACAUGACCCAUUCAGCAACUGCUAAUAAUACUGCAACUAAUAGCAACAAAACUUACAGCACUUAUUCAUCACUUAUUAGUUUACCAAGCACAUAA